AAAGGAAACACUCGUGAGAUGAGCUGCUUCACCCGGGUGUUGGGAAAGUUCGCAGUGGAUUUGUGCCUCCUAAAGUCCAGUAGAAGAUCUCCUGAAGCUCUAUUUGGCUGCCUGACACCCUUAUCCCAAAAAAGAAGAAUAAAAGAAGACGACAACAAAAAAAAAUCCUCGUUUCCCUUCUCUCUCUCUCUCUCUCUCUCUCUCUCUCUCUCUCUCUCUCUCUCAGCAGUGGAGUUUGUCCCGACAGUGUCCAAAGUGGUUAAGAAGAUAAACAUCAUGACCUGCUAGCAGCACACAGCACAACAUGGACAGGCAAUAACAAAGAGUGACACCAGGGGAGGACCGUUGGCCGUUAUGACAAGCUCAUGAUGACCACCCUUUCUGCGACUGAUAUUGCUGAUGUUGGUCAUGGGGCGAAUCUGGGGUGUGUCACUGAAGAGGACUCCUCAGCAGCAGAAGUGAAACAUGAGUUACACACUUCUCCCAGUCAACCAGUUUCAUUCACCAGUUCUCCUAAAGAGCUGAACGACACACUGCACAUGGAUCCCAGCGACGUAAAACUAGAUCCUUCUGCAGACACACCUGCACCAGAAGGCCAGCCAGUGAAGAGAAAGAAGGGUCCAGCUCCCAAAAUGCUGGGGAAUGAGGUGUGUAGUGUGUGUGGAGACAAGGCCUCCGGUUUCCACUACAAUGUACUGAGCUGUGAGGGCUGCAAGGGCUUCUUCAGGCGUAGCGUGAUCAAAGGAGCGCAGUACGUCUGCAAGAACUCGGGCCGCUGUGAGAUGGACAUGUACAUGCGCCGAAAGUGUCAGCAGUGUCGGCUGCGCAAGUGUCGGGAGGCGGGCAUGCUCGAGCAGUGUGUGCUUUCGGAGGAGCAGAUCCGGUUGAAGAAAAUGAAGAAGCAGCAUGAGGAAGAGGCAGCUCGUAGCUCAACCGUGGCUGCACCGAGCCCAGCAGCUGACAUACCCCCUUUGGCUCCAGAACAGCAGGAAAUGAUUGAGAAGUUAGUCGCCAUGCAGAAACAAUGCAACAAACGUUCCUUCAUCGACCGGCGCAAAGUCACUCCAUGGCCGCAGAGCCAGGACCUGAUGAACCGGGAGGUGCGACAGCAGCGCUUUGCUCAUUUCACCGAGCUGGCCAUCAUGUCAGUGCAAGAGAUUGUGGACUUUGCUAAACAGCUGCCUGGUUUCCUGGAGCUCACCCGUGAGGACCAGAUUGCCCUGCUCAAGACCUCGACUAUUGAGAUCAUGCUGCUAGAGACGUCUCGCCGCUACAAUCCAGCGAUCGAGAGCAUCACUUUCCUCACGCCAGACUUCAGUUACAACAAGGACGACUUUGCCAAAGCAGGGCUGCAGAUCGAGUUCAUUAACCCCAUCUUUGAAUUCUCUAAGGGCAUGAACGACUUGCACCUGGAUGAGGCAGAGUAUGCGCUGCUUAUCGCUAUAAACAUCUUUUCAGCAGACCGACCCAACGUGCAGGAUCAUGAUUUGGUGGAGAAGCUCCAACAGCCGUAUGUGGAUGCUCUGCAUUCGUACAUCAGGAUCAAGAGACCAAAUGACCAUCUGAUGUUCCCACGUAUGCUGAUGAAGCUGGUCAGUCUGCGCACCCUGAGUAGUGUUCACUCUGAGCAGGUCUUCGCUCUGCGACUGCAGGACAAGAAACUUCCCCCUCUGCUGUCUGAAAUCUGGGAUGUCCACGAAUGAAAAUUACAAAUGGCCAGCCCCAAGGACGUAGUCAUGCAAGGAUUUAUGGCUGAAGGGUGUGGGAUCGUACGGUUCUUCAGGCCCAGUAACUGCCCUAGCUUUGAGGAGCUUGUUUUAUCUUCCUCUGGACUAAUGGUUGUACUCUCCUGUGCAGGAUACAGUGGUUUGUGGUCGGCCGUCUCGAGACAUUAUCAGCACGCUAAAGACUGUCUAGACCAUCCAGAAAUGGUUAGAGAAUGAGUAUAGACAUUUUGGAUCCAGAUUCUUGCUUACUGGAAUGACUGACUGUACAUUUAAGGCAGUUGAUUUAUAUUUCUUUUUACGAUGCCUAUUCCACUGGCAAAACCUACAGCUCAAAUCCAGAAGGAUGCCUUCCAGAAGCAGAUGAAUGCAGUACAUUAGUUAGCAAGCAGGACGUUUGGCUGUAGACUGUCUGGGCAACAUUUCUCCCUGCACUUUGGGGCCAAAACCCUGUAAUUUCACACAUGGUCAUGGAGCAGUGCUCCUACAAGUGACCUUUUUGAGAAACGAUUGAUGAGCCCCUCUCAUACUGUACGUCAUGAUUUUUGCUUUGAUACGAAUUCGUAUUUAUGCCUCUUCAGGGACAGUACGGGAAUAAAUUGCGAUAGAUAUCUGCAGAUUAUUUCAGAACAAUGCGUCAAUCACAUGGUCUGAAAGCUAUGUACUGUACAAGGAAUUUAGAGCUUGUGUAAUAUGAAAGAGGCAUUAUAGAAUUUUCCAUAUCGAUCAUGUGUCAGGAUUCUGAACCGAUUCAGCGGUGGAGGAUGACGUUAGCUCAUCGACUGGCUUGACGAAGUCCUACGUUUUGCUAUUCCUUUAUUAAUUUCCAGAAAGAUUGGGCAUGGCUCAUGUUAAGGCUACAUACAAUCUUAUGUUCACUGUCUAGAAACGGUGAUGGUGAAGAGAACGUAAUCUCCGCUUCAUCUAAAAAUACAAAUCCAGCACGUUACUCACAGGGAUUGUCAGGCAUCGGUAGACCUGUCAACAUAAACCAGUAUGCUGCUUAUAAAAUCUACUGUAAAGUCGGGUAGAGAAAUUUCAUGUGCAAAAUCUAUAACAUUGAACGUGGAUAUGGGUUUGUAACUUUUGUUUUAUGUCAGCCAUUGUCAUUUAGUAACUGCUAAUAACGGUUAACAGACAGUAAACCGUUCAUGUUUUGUCCUUGUGGCCUUCUUGCCAGUAGUUCCAUGGCUUAAAGUGCCAUUCCACCAUUGGAUGUAUUCUUUGGCAUAAAAUACAAUAUAUUUUGACAACAUAUAUAAAUGGUAUCACUAGAUAGGGAAAUCUUUUAGCUUCAAAAUGAUAUAUCAAACCUAAUUUUUUGACGACAAGUAUAUUAAUUUUGCAACCAAAGUCACCUACCCUUUUAAUUUCCACGCGUGAUGUCAUCGGCAGGUCCCCCUUCUUGUGUACCGUGUGACGUGGCACAUACAGGGGUGAUAGCGUUCCGGCGCCGCGCCGGAUUUCUGGCGUACCGUGGCUGG